AUGGAGGAAAAAUUCAAUGCUCAAACUGAUAACUUCGCCAAUUUCAAAAAAACCGUAUCUGAUCAAUUAUCAGCUCUCACAACUUUAGUCAACACGUGGGAAAAUCGAAUCCAGAAGUUAGAAAGCAACGCUCAAGAACUCAAUGAAAAUCUUAACAAUCUAAAGAGCCAGAACGCAGAAAUCUCCACCCUUCAUGACACGAUUGACUUACUACAAGAGCAACUCAAUACCCAAGAGCAAUUCUCUCUACGCAACGAGAUAGAGAUAUGCGGUAUUACAGAGUUCGACAACGAAAAUCUGACACACACUGUCCUUGUAUCAGCCCAAAAAAUCGGAGUUGAGCUUACCGUGAGCGACAUCGACCACGUGACCCGCGUCGGCCCUAAGUCCAAACCCGACGCCGCCGCCGCCGCCGCCGCUGAGCCGCGCCCCGUGGUGGCGCGCCUGCUCCGCAACAACAAGCGCAACGAGAUCCUGCACGCUUCAAAGGUUCGCCGCAACCUGAGCACCGGCGACAUCGGCCUCGGAGGUACUGCCAGGAAAAUUUACUUCAACGAGCGGCUCACUAAAGUAAACAGACAGCUUUUUCGUGAAGCACGAAACAGAUCAAAGCAAUCCGGUUUCAAAUUCUGCUGGUUCAAAAAUGGGUCCAUUUAUGUCCGAAGAGAGGACCAGAAGUUCCCAAAACUCAUACGAAACACUUUUGACCUUGACCAAGUUCUUGGUUCUAAUCGUCCUCGUGAUCCUAAGACCACUUAG